UUUUAUUCAUUUUUAUUUUUAUGGAGAAAAUCCCUUGAAAAUGACGAUUAUGGAAAUCCAGACUGUAAUAAUAUUGCAUAAAUAAUAGUAGCCGAUGCUUAUCCGCAAUUCCUUAUUCUACUUAUUGCUCUCUACUUCCAGUCGGCUACCAUUUUCUGCCAGGUUCUUGCCUCGAAACGAUGUCGUUAAUGGCUUUAAUCCUCCGCCGAAAGCUUCUUCACCACCCCACGCCUGUCCGUCUCCAACUAAGAUUGCUCUCUUCCUCUACUUCUCACCUUGAAACGCCGCCGCAGCGCAUUGAGAAAAUUCUAGUGGCGAACCGAGGUGAGAUAGCAUGCAGAAUCAUGAGGACAGCUAAGCGUCUAGGGAUUCGGACCGUGGCGGUUUACAGCGACGCCGAUAAAGACUCUCUCCACGUGAAAUCGGCCGACGAGGCGGUCCACAUCGGUCCACCCCCCGCUCGGCUCAGUUACUUAAACGGCUCUUCCAUUGUCGAGGCCGCAAUUCGCACUGGAGCACAGGCUAUCCAUCCCGGUUAUGGUUUCUUAUCGGAGAGCUCUGAGUUUGCUCGACUUGUUGAAGAUAAGGGACUUACAUUUAUUGGUCCUCCAGCAUCUGCAAUCCGAGACAUGGGUGACAAAAGUGCCUCAAAGAGAAUAAUGGGUGCGGCAGGGGUGCCAUUGGUGCCGGGGUAUCAUGGCAGUGAACAAGAUAUAGAAAUUAUGAAGUUGGAAGCAGAUAAAAUUGGAUAUCCUAUCUUAAUAAAGCCAACUCAUGGAGGUGGAGGAAAGGGCAUGAGAAUUGUACAAAGUCAGAAGGAUUUCAUUGACUCCUUUGUGGGAGCACAACGGGAAGCUGCUGCGUCUUUUGGCAUAAACACAAUUUUGCUGGAGAAAUACAUUACACAACCAAGACACAUUGAAGUCCAGAUAUUUGGUGACAAAUAUGGCAAUGUUCUGCAUUUAUAUGAGAGAGAUUGCAGUGUGCAAAGGAGACACCAGAAGAUAAUUGAAGAAGCUCCAGCUCCAUGUGUUACCAAUGAAUUUCGCUCACACUUGGGUCAGGCUGCUGUAUCUGCUGCUAAGGCAGUUGGUUAUCACAAUGCUGGCACUGUGGAGUUUAUAGUUGAUACCAUAACAGGUCAAUUUUACUUUAUGGAGAUGAACACCCGACUUCAGGUUGAGCAUCCUGUGACUGAGAUGAUUGUUGGUCAAGAUCUUGUGGAGUGGCAAAUUCGUGUUGCAAAUGGGGAGCCUCUUCCUAUAAGUCAGGUGCAGGUGCCCUUGUCAGGUCACGCUUUUGAAGCUCGAAUCUAUGCUGAAAAUGUUCCCAAAGGAUUUCUUCCUGCAACUGGAGUUCUUCAUCAUUAUCAUCCUGUGCCAGUUUCAUCAACAGUUCGGGUUGAGACUGGAGUUGAACAAGGAGAUGUUGUUAGCAUGCAUUAUGAUCCUAUGAUUGCAAAGCUUGUAGUAUGGGGAGAAAACCGUUCUGCAGCACUAGUCAAAUUGAAGGAUUGUUUGUCAAAGUUUCAGGUUGCAGGGGUGCCUACUAAUAUCAAUUUCUUGCAAAAACUUGCGAACCAUAGGGCAUUUGAAGAGGGCGAUGUAGAAACACAUUUUAUCGAGCACCAUAAAAAUGACCUAUUUGUUGAUCCUAAUAAUAAAGAAAUUUCUGAGGAAGCAUAUGAGGCAGCUAGACUCAGUGCAAAUCUGGUAGCUGCAUGCCUUUGUGAAAAGGAACAUUCUACUUUAAAAGAAAGCUACCCCGGGGGUCCAAGCUUACUUUCUAUAUGGUAUGCUCAUUCUCCGUUCAGAGUCAAUCAUCAUGCUCAGAAUACCAUGGAACUUGAGUGGGAAAAUGUAUAUGAUAGCAGUAGCUCAAAGCCGUUAAUGCUUGCCAUAACUUAUCAGCAAGAUGGGAACUAUCUUAUUCAGCAUACACAGAUCGGAGAAAACAGUGCCCAUAGUUCGGAAGUCAGAGCAUUACAUCUGGGCAACAAUAGUUUUAGAGUUGAGGCUGAUGGGGUAGCGAUGCAUGUUAGUAUGGCUGUUUAUAUCAAGGAUCAGAUGAAACACAUACAUAUAUGGCAUGGACCACACCACCAUCAUUUUAGACAGAAACUGUGCCUUGAGUUGUCUGAUGAAGAUGAAACACAGCAUAAGACCAGUUUCGAGACCACAAGCCACCCUCCUGGAACUGUGGUGGCACCCAUGGCUGGUUUAGUUGUCAAGGUUCUGGUGGAGGAUGGAGCAAAGGUGGAAGAAGGACAACCUGUAUUGGUCCUAGAAGCAAUGAAGAUGGAGCAUGUGGUAAGGGCAAUAUCUGGUGGUUAUGUUCAAGGACUCAAAGUCACAGCUGGUCAACAGGUUUCAGAUGGUAGUGUUCUCUUCAGAGUCAAGGAAUGAGUUGAAUUCAUCUGGAAGUUGGUUUUCAUGACAAUAUCUUGCCCAAGCAAAUUUAGUCCAUGGUUAGACAGAUAAGUCUUCUCAGCUGCAAAUACGGUCCCGUGGUAGGGAAAAUAAGUCAUAGUAAGUUUCUGUGUCUGACAAACAUAAAUAGAGAGAGAAUGGGAGUGAAACAUCCCAUAUCUACAAUAUAAAGAAGAAGCCUCUUCCAAGAUGUGAACAACAUUUGAUCUUGAAAUAAUAUGUUUCUAUUCACAGA